AUGGAAGUUAGUAUGCAAAAACACUUCGAAAGAAUGUAUCAAUUCUAUAAGGACAAAGAACUUUGUGAUAUAACCUUAGUUACCAAUGAAGGCUUAAAAAUAGAAGCACACAGAAAUAUAUUGGCCUCUGCGAGUCAUGUAUUUUAUACAAUGUUCAUUGGAAAGUUUAGAGAAAGAGUCGAAAAUGAGAUUCUUAUAAAAGAAAUAGAUUCUGAAAUUUUAGAAUUGGUGGUCAAAUUUGCAUAUACUUUUAAACUGGAUAUCAAAGAAAACAAUUGUGUGGUAGAAAAUAUGCAAUAUACAAUUGUAAAUUCGGAUAAAGCAUUAGAAACACUUUAUGACUUUGAGUUUGAUGAUGUUGUCGUGUUUAUUGCGCAUGAUAAUUUAGUAAUUGAUUCUGAGGAAAAGGUAUUUGAUUUUAUCAUAGGUUGGAUACGCUAUAACAUAGAUGAACGUAAUGACUUGUUAUCGGUUCUUAUGAAAUAUUUACGUUUGCCUUUAAUUUCAAAAAAAAGACUACAAAGGAUUUAUGAUGAACCAUUAGUGAGAAAUAAUAAUGAUGAACACUAUGAUUUUGAACAGAAACACUGGGAACAACUCGAUCCUAUGCCGAUAUGUAAUUAUGGCAUGGGCAUAUCGAGAAAAGACAGAGUCAUUUAUCUCAUUGGUGGUUUUAACGCUCCUCGACGAGUUUUUAAAUUCGACUUGCAACAUUUCAAAUGGGAUGAAAUACCUAAAAUGAUGAACAUGGAAUGUGAUGAAGAUUGCUCAGGUGUUGGUGUCAUGAAAAACGACCUAUUCGUGUUUGCAAAUAAUGGAGGAAGACUUCAUUAUGAAAGAUAUGACAGAGGAAAAAAUCAAUGGCAAUUGUUUAACAGGGUACGAACGUCAUCAUCUCCAACAAGUCAUAUCAUUACAUUUAAUGAUAUUUUUCUUAAAUCCUGUGGUAUUCAAUUAUAG